AUGCCCUCUAUAUAUGGAUUAAUGAAAUUUUUUGUUGGGUUUUGCAUUCCAGCAUACCAUUCAAUGUUUGCUUUAAAGACCCAAAAUCAACAUUUAAUUAAAAUAUGGUUAACAUAUUUUUCAACUGUAGUCUUUUAUGAACUAAUUCUAUCAUUUAUUUUUGAUCCUAUCUUUAGGGUUAUAGAUCCCAGACUUAUAUAUUUCAAGACUUUAUUUGUUAUUCUGUAUAUUUUUCCAGAAACUGGAUUUCAGGAAUCAUAUCUCAUUUUUUUCAGUAAGUACUUAAACAAAUUAUGUAUUUCAGUUUUCGAAUACAUUAAGGGAGUUUUAUCUUUAAGUCCAGAUUUACCUGAGGAAACUUCACUCUCAAACUCUCCAGUUCCAUCAAUACCUGAAGAAGGAGAUAUCAAAGGCAUAGCAGAUUCGAAAGAAUCUAUUUCAGAGGGUACUACUCUUGCUCCGAGCACUCCAGUAGGAAAGAUAAAUACAGAUUUCAUUUUUUCAUAG